UAGGAAGCACCUCAGCAAAAUCUCUCUCUCAGUGAUUGAAAGAAAAUAGCCACCAAGUAACCUGAGGAUGACUAGGGGAUAUUAGCUUCGUGGAAUUGCCAUAGAGGUGAAGAGGGGGCCAUUAAGAAGAAAGUGAGGUCAGGGUCAACAGCCUUUGCUGUGUCACAGUGAGAGAGGAUAGAACACUUUGUUCUUUGAACUCAUCUAGAUACAACGAUUUUGUCUUCAGUUGGUGAGGGUCAUUCAACCACUAUGGCCUUUCAGGACCUCCUGGAUCAAGUUGGUGGUCUGGGAAGGUUCCAGAUAAUUCAUAUGGCUUUUCUUUUUACCUACAAUGCCAUGGCACAGACUCAUACUUUAUUGGAGAAUUUCACUGCAGUCAUCGUUGGUCAUCGCUGCUGGGUCCACAUACUCGAUAAUGCCACUGUCUCUGACAAUGACAUUGGGACCCUCAGCCAAGAAGCCCUCCUGAGGAUCUCCAUCCCACUAGACUCAAGCCUGAGGCCAGACAAAUGUCAUCGCUUCAUCCACCCACAAUGGCAGCUCCUUCAUAUGAAUGGAACCUUCUCAAACAUGAGUGAGGUGGACACGGAGCCCUGCAUGGAUGGGUGGGUAUAUGACCGGAGCUUGUUCCUCUCCACCACCGUGACUGAGUGGGAUCUGGUAUGUGAAUCUCAGUCACUGAAUUCAGUAUCUAAAUUCUUCUUCAUGGCUGGAAUGUUGAUUGGAAACAUUGUAUAUGGCACUUUGUCAGACAGAUUUGGGAGGAGGUUACUUCUGACAUGGUGUCUUCUCCAGCUGGCCAUUGCUGACACCUGUGCUACCUUUGCUCCCACCUUCCUGGUGUACUGUUCACUACGCUUCCUGGCUGGCAUGUCCACCACGACCAUCCUGACAAAUGCUAUUCUUCUCAUUGUAGAAUGGACAAGUCCCAAAUACCAAGCUAUGGGAACAACAAUGGCAGUGUGUGCUACUAGUUUCGGGAAUAUCCUACUGGGAAGCCUGGCUUUUGCUAUUCGAAACUGGCAUACUCUUCAGCUGGUUCUGUCUAUACCGAUGUUCUUCUUUUUUAUUUCCUCAAGGUGGAUAUCCGAGUCAGCUCGGUGGCUGAUUAUCAACAACAAACCCGAGGAGGGCUUACAGGAACUUAAAAAAGCUGCACGGGUGAAUGGAAUGAAGACUUCUGCAGAUGCCCUAACCAUAGAGGCUGUGAGAUCCACCAUGAAGGAGGAGCUGAAGGCAACACAGACAAAACCUACUCUGUGCGACUUGUUCCACACACCCAACCUGUGUAAACGGAUAUGUCUCCUGUCCUUGGUGAGAUUUGCAACAAUCCUGCCUACUUUUGGCUUGAUUCUCCACCUCCAGCACCUAGGGAGCAAUGUUUUCCUGGUCCAGGUUCUCCUUGGUGUAGUCAACCUCCCAGCCAAUUGUGUUUCACUUUGGGCACUGAAACACAGGGGCCGUCGUAUAAGCAUAUUUUUUUUCAUGUCCAUGAUGGGAAUCACUUUUCUGGCCAUCAUAUUUGUGCCUUCAGAAAUGCCGACUGUGCGUAUGAUUCUGACAACUUUGGGAGGAGGAAUUUGUUUUGCCUCUAUUACCUGUUGUUUGACCCAGGCAAAUGAACUGCUCCCCACCAUCAUCAGGGCAACAGCUUUUGGAAUCAUUGGAGUUUGUGGUAGUUUGGGGGCAGCUGUGGCUCCCCUGUUGAUGACCCUGGAAACAUAUGCUGAACCCUUGCCCUGGAUCAUCUAUGGAGCCUCCUGCAUCUUUGCUGGCCUUGUUGUCUUCCUCCUUCCCGAAACUAGGAAUCAUCAACUGCCUGACUCCCUCCAAGACAUAGAAAAUGGUGGGAAAGGCUCAAGAAAAACAGAGCAGGAAGAUACCUCCAUCAAAGUGACACACUUCUAAGGAAAUUCACAAAUGGGAUACUGAUCAAGAGCAAGAAAAAGAAGAAAUAUAAAGAAUACUCCAAGACAUCAGCAAAAAAUUAAAAUAAAUAGACGCAACAGAAAAUCCCCAUUUAUAAUGGUGAAUCUAAAUUAUUGUAUAAAAGAUACUUUAUGAAUCACAAGAAGUUGAAAGAAACUACAGUACUUUGAAAUACAUGAGAGAAUAUUUAUAUAGUAUAGAUACCUAUAAUGUUUCUGAAUAGGGAGAUGGAAUUAGCUUUAAAACAUUUUUCUUUCUGAAUUUAUAGGAAGAGUAUUCUUACUUAAGAAUAUUCUUAAGAGUAUAAUUACAAUGAAGAACCCAACACUCUUGAACAGACUUGAAUCUUAGUAGUUCCAAAUACAUGUAAAUACCAGUAUGUGAGUCAGCUUUCUGUCACAGCAACAAAAUAAAUUGAGUUAAAUGACUUAAUUCAAGGAAAAAUUUA